AGGUGGCCGGUCGCCUCAGACCCCCGCUCAGGAGGGAGCGGGCGGUACUAGAAGAGAGGGGUUGCUUUUCCCGCAGUUCUCGGCGCCUGCUGUCUUCCAUUCCUCCUCGGCCGCCUGAGGAGGAGCGACCAUGUCGGCCGUCUAUUACCUCCUCUCCACGCUGGGCGGCUACCUCUUCACCUCGGCGCUGCUGCUGAAGUACCCGGGCUUGCUCCACCGACCCAAGCGCCACCGCUUCCGAUGCCGGCACAUCUCCCACCGCGGCGGGGCUGGAGAGAAUCUGGAAAAUACCAUGGCAGCCUUUCGCCAUGCAGUUGACGUUGGGACCGAUAUGCUGGAACUUGACUGCCACUUGACGAAGGAUGAGCAAGUCGUCGUGUCUCAUGACGAGAAUCUGAAACGGUCGACCGGCAUCGAUGUCAAUAUAUCAGACCUCGAAUACUCGGAACUCCCUCCGUACCUCUGCAGAUUGGAUGUAACAUUCCAGAAAGAGUGCCAUUGCGAAGGUGAAGACAAGCGCAUCCCUCUCCUGAAAGAGGUAUUUGAGGACUUCCCACACACUCCUGUCAACAUAGACAUCAAAGUCAACAAUGACGUACUGAUUAAAAAGGUCUCAGAGUUGGUGAACCUUUACAAGCGAGAACAUCUGACGGUUUGGGGCAACGUCAGUCAUGAGAUAGUUGACAAGUGUCACAAAGAGAAUGCCCACAUCCCUAUCCUCUUCUGCUUGCGACGUGUCCUGCUCCUCCUCGGCCUGUUCUAUACUGGCCUUCUGCCUUUCUUUCCCAUCCUGGAGGAGUUCUUGGAGAUUCCUAUGCCUUCCAUCAUUCUCAAGUUGAAAGAAUCCGAGAAGAUCUCCAGAAGCCAGCGGUUUACCAUAUGGCUUACUGAUGCGUUGUUAAUGAGGAAAGCAUUAUUUGACCACCUCACUGCUCGAGGAAUUCAGGUGUAUAUCUGGGUCCUCAACGAAGAUAAAGAGUACCAGCGAGCGUUUGAUUUGGGCGCGACGGGCGUGAUGACGGAUUACCCCACGAAGCUGAAGAACUUUUUGCACACCUACACGCCUGCGCAGCAGAAAGUCAAGGAAGGGUAGUUCUUUCAAGGAGGAAUGGGGGAGAGAACACGUUCCCCGGACAGCACCAAGCCAAGGAGCAGGAGUAGGCCACCCCAACACAACGGCACCCUCCUGCCCAGACUUUUCAGUGACAUGCAACCACCUGACAAUGAGACGUAGAUGCAGCUGGGUUUUAUUACCUCAUUCUUGAGUCAUUACACCUCUUAGAGAUUGCACACAGCUAUAUUUAUUUUAAAAUGUAAGUGGCAUAGUUGUUAUGUAAAUAGCUUGAUGGGCGGGUGUUGUACCCUGGUCCGACGAGAUGUCUCUAGGGAGGGACCUGCCAACAGGGCGAUUCCUAGAGGUGGUAGGUGUAACUUAACCGUAUUUGUUGCUAGCUCAGAUUCCACCAAGUUUGCACAUGGAAAACAUUCCAGCGGGACACCUUUUUAAAAAAUAAUAAUAACAACAAUAAUUUUA